AUGCCGGUUCAGAUCGAACAGAAGACAAUAGACCCUGAGGCGGAGCUCAGCAAUGUCCAGAGGACGUUCCAAAAGCUGGCGCCGAUGUGCAGCGUGGAGAAGCGCGCCGCCGGCAUUCCCCAGCUGGCCCCGCAGGAGAAGCAGCUCGGGAUCCUCGCGCACGAGCUCAAGGAAACCCUCCUCUGCAUCAACCUCGCCAGAAAAGGUCAACACGCAGUCAGAGACGCUCAAGUCAAGAGUGGGACUCGCAAGUCCAUUGUGGAGUUUGAGCAUCUGCAGUCGGAGCUUCGUGAUGAGAAGGCGCAGCAAGCCGAGCUGGACUGCCUCAACUACCUCGCACAGAAGCAGAUCAUUGAACUCUUCAAGACUGUGCCUACGGAAGCUGAUGAACUGGCGAUGAUCGAGAACGCAAACAACCGACUCCGGCGCAUGGAGAAUAGACUGGACAUGGCCAUCAAGCGAUUUUGUGUCGUCAACGCUGACAAUAAGAGGGUUCGCGAGGAGAUACAUCGCUUGCUUGUCGAAAGAAACGACUUCAACAUCCAAUGGAACCGUACCAUCGGGAAGCUGGUGAAAGGCAAAGAGUACCUAAUGGAUAUCUUCGAGAUUGCCUCCGUGGCGUUCGCUGACCGAGACGAGUGUUGCAGAAAACUGGAAGCCUUGAAAUGGAAAGGGCUGUACCAACUUAACAGAGAUAUAUCGGAAAUGCAAGCAUACGAAGGCGAGCUGAACCAUCUGGCCAAGCUGGAAGAGUUUCUGCGAGUGAAGGGAUCACGCCGGAUCUGCGAAGCUGAUGAAAAGGAAGAGAUCAAGAGACAAGAGGAGAUCCAGCGGUGCGAGCAGCAGAUCGCGUUGUACGACGCACUGCUGGAAGAGAUAUUUGAAUACGCCGGCACGGAUAAAAUAGCCACAAUAAUAAGGAACUUCAAGUCGCGCGAGAUCGAGAACUUCUCCAUCUUCGUGCUGCUGUGCGAGGUGCUGCAGGAGUCCAUCAUCAUGCGCCGGGACCUGGAGACGCUGCGCCAGAGGAUCUUGGACCAGCGCGACAUAAACGAAGCCCGAGAGGAGAAGCAGGACAAGCGCAUAGCAGAGUUGUCUGCCGAGCUGGAGGAGAAGAUCGAGCUUACUCUGCGCAAGAAGACCAUGAACGAGGAGGCUGACAUCACCGUCGUCAAGGUGCUCAAGAGCAUCGACGAGCUGGUCAGAUUGGCGCGAUGUGACUUUUCGCCCCUGCUGGCUCUCCUUGGCAACCACAAGGAGGUGACCAAGUGGAACGUGAACAAGUUCCUCAGGAUCCUGGAGACUGAAGUCAAGAGUCUCAUGGAAGUCGCGUACGGAGCUGUUAAGCCCCCCGCGCCAACUCCGAAGGCGCCACGACCUAAGCAACCCACGGGAGCCCCCGCGCCGGUCACGAAGCUGGUGGCAGACCCAUACGUGGAGCCCCUCCGACCCAACCGCAUUGAGAAGCUCGUGCCCUACUUGCCCUGCGCUUAUUGCGUGGAGGACUACAUAAUGAACCUGGUGUUUGAGACACCGGCGGAACCAGCGGACGAAGCCUACAUCCAGAGCAUUUUCCAUCUCGAAGACGUAAACACUAAGUUCGGCAUCUACACGCUUACUAUUCCGGCGAAACGACAUCCGUACCGUGGCGGUGCAAAGAAUAAUUAAAAGACGUGAUAAUCGAUUACCUUUAGUAGGUAUUUUACUUUAGCUAUGCCUAUGCUACGACUCAAACUGCGUCAUAUUUUAACGAUAAAUAUAAUAGCAAAGCUGUCGGUAGCGCAAAUUAUAGAUUUUAUUUACUUAAUGAUUUAAUUUCAUUCCUUCAUGAUGACUUCAUUCGAGUAACUAGCAACUAUUUUUAAUAUUCCAGUAAUUUCAGUAUUCAAUAAAUAUGUUUGUGUUCAUCGUGAA